CAUUUCCUCCCCUUCCAUCUCUUCUCGGUUCCUUUUUUUUUCCGCCCCGAAAGAUGCUCGGGAGGGAUAGAACCAGACUUGUUCAUCACUGGAAGAGCUAGAGACAGACGCUAGCUAGCUGGCCGGCUGCUGCAGAGCUGGGGUGAUUUUUUUGGGGGGUGGGGGCUGAAAGAAACCAUUUUUUUAAUUCAUCCGAGAAAUCUCAGGAUUUCUUUUUGCCUGGAUUUGGGAGUUUUCUACCUGUUUACACGUGGGGAGCUAUUGGAUUUACUAACAUGAUUUUAGCAAACGUUUUCUGCACCCUCCUCUUUGUAGACCAGAUCCUCCAUUCCCUGGCUUCUGGCCAGACCCCUCCUGGCUGGCGUGCCCCCGUGGACUGUGUGCGGGCCAGCGAGCUGUGCGCCGCCGACCCCAGCUGCAGCUCCCGGUACCGCACCCUGCGCCAGUGCCUGGCCGGCCGGGACAGGAACACCAUGCUGGCCAACAAGGAGUGCCAGGCGGCCCUGGAGGUGCUGCAGGAGAGCCCCCUCUACGACUGCCGCUGCAAGCGGGGCAUGAAGAAGGAGCUGCAGUGCCUGCAGAUCUACUGGAGCAUACACCUCGGGCUGACAGAGGGAGAAGAAUUUUAUGAAGCUUCCCCUUACGAGCCGGUCACCUCUCGUCUCUCUGAUAUAUUCAGACUCGCUUCAAUUUUCUCAGUAAAACCUGUGUUAUCCAAGAGAAACAACUGCCGUGUGUCUCCCAAAGCCUGCAACCUGAACGACAACUGCAAGCGGCUCCGCUCGGCCUACAUCUCCACCUGCAGCAAGGAGAUCUCGGACCACAAGGCCCUGCGCCAGUUCUUCGACCGGGUGCCCAGCGAAUACACCUACCGCCUGCUCUUCUGCGCCUGCAAGGACCAGGCCUGCGCCGAGCGCCGCCGGCAGACCAUCGUCCCCAGCUGCUCCUACGAGGACAAGGAGAAACCCAACUGCCUGGACCUGCGGAACACGUGCCGGACGGACCAUCUCUGCCGGUCGAGAAUGGCCGAUUUUCACACCAACUGUCAAGUCUCUUUCCAGUCACUUACCAGCUGCCCGGAGGAUACUUACCAGGCAUGUCUGGGCUCCUACGCAGGGAUGAUAGGGUUCGACAUGACGCCCAACUACAUCGACUCGAGCAUCGUCAGCAUAACCGUCUCGCCCUGGUGCUCCUGCCGAGGGAGCGGCAACAUGGAGGAGGAGUGUGAGAAGUUCCUGAGAGACUUCACGGAAAACCCAUGUCUCCGAAACGCCAUUCAGGCCUUUGGCAACGGCACAGACGUCAACCUGCCCCCCAAAAACCCCUCGCCGCCGGUCACCGUGCCCCCGAAGACAGAAAAGAGCCCCGCUUUGCCAGAUGACAUCAACGACAGCAACACCAUCUACGACACCAGUGUGAUCACAACGUGCACCUCUGUUCAGGAACACGGACCGAAGCUAAACAAAUCCAAAGAGCACAGUCUCUGCUUCUCGGAGACCCAGCUGACCACAGACAUUAUGCCAGACCAGAAGACUUUUGUGGACCAGAAGGCAUCUGGCGGCCGACAUUCAGCCACAAGGAUCCUCUCUGCUCUCCCAUUCCUUCUUGUGAAACUGGCAUUAUAAAGGAGAGAGGAAGCGCGUUGUGAAGGAAACACCAACGAAACCCACACUCGCUCACGCGUACACCCCCAAAAACUCUUGCAAGAAUUCUCUCUCUCAAGUUGUUUUCUCCCAGGGUUUCUGCUUGUGAGAAAUGAAAUCAACAAGCACCCGUGCGUCAGACACUGAAUGCGCCAGAAGAGAGGUGACGCCAGCCCGGGAAACAGCGACCUCUGGGUGGACAUGCCUCCAGGGGAUGAACUGUGGUUGUUUUCUUUUAUAGGUAUUUAUGGUUUUUUCCGUUCUGAAGCAAGCGCCUGAGACUCAUCAGCCUGGAACACACACACACACGCACGCACGCACGCCAUGGAUCCAAAGUUGUGAACGGAACUAGGGGGAACAGGUGGAGACCGACUGAUGCUUUGGUGAAGGCUGAAGGACAGAGUGGACACUGGCCAUGCCAGGAUCACCAGAGCUGUUUGCAGGGGGCUGGCGGUAGAAUGGAGUAAAGGGCAGAGACCUUUUUCCCUCUCCUCUUGUUCAAUUUCUCUUUGCUGCUUGAGAAUUCUCUAUGUUUAAUUCCCACCCCAGGGGAAGUCCGGUAUUCGGCGUCCUGAGAGAUCCACAUGCUUUACAUCCCCCCACUCGAACCAGGAUGCUGUAGGUGUGGGGGGAAGCCACGAACAUUUCACAGGCGGACCGUAAACUCCCCUGCGUGGAUGGGCAAACGUAGGAUCAGAAUGCAGGCAGCCGGCGACCCCACGGAUUCUUUCGCCAGUUCCAAGGAGUGGGCCUCUUGAAAUCUUUUCCUUUCCCAGGAUUGAUGAAAAUUUUAAAAUCAAAGAAAAAACCCACCUUUCACCGUGAAAAGAAUGUCCAGUGUUUCCUAAUGGCUCUUUCAAUGGGGAUUUUGUCCUUUCUCCCGUUGGGUUUGGCUUGGACGGGAGGGGCCAUCCAUGGAUGGGAGCCUAUGUAUGUUAUUCUCUUUAAGUUUUCUUUUGUUUUAUAUAUACAUAUAUAGUGUAUGUAUAUAGAGACCACCUAUAUCUACAUAUAUGUAUGUAUAUACAUAACCAUAUACAUAUACGGUGUGGCUUUUUUUUUGUAAUUCCUUUCUUUCUUUCCUUUUUUUUUUUAAUGAUCAACCAAACAACAAUGACAAAAAUGUAUUAUUGUAAAAUUUAUUUUUUUUAAUAAUGUCUAUAAUGGAAAGAAAAAUAAACCAAGAACAAAAACAAAACCUUAAUGCUCCCAGCCUCUCGCGGGGCUGCGGGAACCGGAGAGCAACCAGUGGCUAAAAUAAACAU